UAGCAUAAAUAAUCGGCCGGCCAGUUUUUCACGCUGAGGCAGUCAAAGUCAAAGAUGAAUAAGCAGGCAGAUGAUAUCGAUGAGGUUGAGAGUUUCUUGAAUGCAGGGUCAGGGUGUGAUAAGUUGCUCUUCCCAUCAGCUAAUUAUAAUAAUACUGUUGAGGCCAGGAGUUAUGAAGAUGCAUGCAGGAGUUUCGAGAAUUAUUUGGUGGAAAUGAUAGUUGAAGAAGGUAAAGUGAGUGAUCUGAUGGACGUGGAAGAGCUCCUCUAUUGUUGGAACAACCUAAGAUGUCCUGUCUUCAUUGGUCUAGUUUCCAGAUUCUAUGGAGAGCUAUGCAAGGACUUGUUUUCCACAAAUGAUAAGGUUGAACGUGAGAAUGUUGGGAAGAAUUAACCUCCAUCAAAUGACCCUAGAAUAUUAGAGCAAAAAACAAACCCUUCAGUUAUACAUGGAGAGGGCUGGGGUUGGGGUUCUAUACAUGAUGUUAAUGUGUUUGAAUUAAUCUACAUAUUGUUU